AUGUCUGGCCCUAUGAUUUUAUGUCAAUUAUGGAUGGGUGGUUUGGAACCGUAUAUGACUGAAAGUUUUAUUAUGAACGCUUUCCACAAAAUGGGUGAACAACCACAGACAGUUAAAACUGUUAGAUUUCGACUAAAUCAUGCAAGUACUACAGGAAAACCUGCUGCCGAUCGUGAGUUCAGUAUUUGGGUUGGUGAUUUAUCAACGGAUGUUGAUGAUUAUUCAUUGUAUCGAGCAUUUGCAGCUAAAUACAAUUCUAUACGCACUGCUAAAGUUAUUUUAGACAGUUCAGGAUUUAGUAAAGGCUAUGGAUUUGUGAGAUUUGCUAAUGAGGAGGAACAAAAAAAUAGUUUAGUUGCUAUGAAUGGAUACAGAGGAUUAGGAACAAAAUCUUUGAAAAUAUGCAACGCUGUCCCCAGGCCAUGGAACAAACUUCCAGGGUCAACUCCACCCCAGUCAUCAUCGGAAUAUUCAUCAACAAAUAUUAGUUCAGAUGGAUAUAACUAUUAUGAUUCCUCAUCGUAUUGGAAUAGCUACAGUGCAUGGCAACAGGGUUACUAUGAAAGUGAACCAACUGCUGAUGUCUAUGGUCCAUAUGUUUCUGAACAGAAACCUGAAGAAGAUGAACUUGAACUUAUUGAGCACUCACUCCCGGUAGACUGCGAUAAACUCAAUCGCGAGAUCAUCGAGCAAGAUUACAACAUGUGGGAUGCAUUAGAAAGUUCUAAAUGGAUUCCUUGUGAUACACUUGAACUAUGUUAUUGA